AUGGAGCCAAGCCAGGGUCUAUGGCUCAACAGCCAGCAACAGAACCCACAAGAGCCCGUGCCACAAUUCGAAGAGCAUACAAGCUUCCACUCCAACGUGGGCGAUAUAUCGAAUCCAUCCGAUUACAAACCCUUUGGCGUGAUAGAUAUUAUCUCACAAGGACAUUUCCUCAUCGGAGUACUCAGCCACACCCAAGUUCUCAAAUACCCUAGCGACCCAAGCAGCACGGAGCACCAACAGCUCAUGCGAGAUGAGGAUGCGAUUCUGCAACACAUCGGAUCACAGCCUCGCAUCGUGGAAUACCAGGGCCUGAAUGAAUAUGGCUUAAUGCUACGCUACUAUCCUUAUGGAUCACUUCGCAGGCUUCUCAAAUGGUGCCCGAACAUCAAAAUUUCCAGGAAGCUCGAAUGGUGUGGACAACUCACAACUGCUGUCCAGACGAUUCACUCAAAGAAUGUGAUCCACUGUGAUAUCUGUCUUCACAAUGUGCUCCUGGAUGAAAAUAUCGAGGCGGUUCUUGCUGAUUUUCAGGGAAUUCUCUUGUCGCAAAACAAUCAGGUUCUGGUUGAUGGGCGCACACGCGAGUGCCCAAAGUCAUACAUGCCUCGGGAAGAUGUGGAAUAUGCGAGUUUUAAGACGGAUUUGUUUGCCCUUGGUUCAGCGAUUUACCAUAUCAUCAAUGGGCACGAAGUGUUCCCAGAGCUGAGGAAUCUUCACGACCACGUGGAGAUACUGCGUCGUUUCACCAACCGUAUCUACCCUGGUUCUAACUAUGUGGCCAGCCACAUAGUGGAAAAAUGCUGGAGAGGAGAGUAUGCCAAUGCCGGCGAAGUAGUGAAUGAUCUGGCGGAGGUCCUUCACGCUGCACGCCAAGUGGAGGCGCAGAACAGCUUUUUUGACAGUGGUGGUGUCUAA